UUCCAGGUGCUAUCAAGUAUUUGUUUCAAAACUUGAUGUUGGACAAUGAACAGGUAUGUCGUAGUGCAGCUGUUGCAUUGGGUUAUCUAUCUUUUAAUGGUUCUGGUGGACGUGAGAUGCUCAUGAUCUGUCGCAAUACACCUGGACUAUACUCGGCUUUAGAACAAAACUUGGGCAGCGGAAAAAUGUGUAUGGAGUUUGUUGAUAGUUGGCGACGAGCUGUGAAUGUUGGUCUGCCCAGCAAAAGGUUAGGGUUUUUCCUACUUUUUUUCUGUAGAGUUGUAUAUACUCAAAAUACAUGAUCAAAAUGAUAAAGGGAGUUUUCAAACCAUUCAGCUAAUCUUAGGGUUGAAGUAGGUUCCCUCGCAAUAAAUUCCAAAAGCGCGUUAAAUGAUCUAAAGUGCCAUGCACUAACUUCUAAUUUUAUCUGAAAUCUUAUUUUAUCAUCUCAUUUUAAAGAACGUAUUUUAAGGUCACUUAGUUGAAAGAUUUUCGUCUCCUCACUUUGUUAUGUGUAUAUUCAGUUUAUUUGAUAUACAAGCAUACGAAACCCGUCACAUAUGCAAAAUUCUUUAAAGAAAAGUUUGUUUAUUUUAUUCCUUCUUGAAUUUAAUUCUUUAAAAUCGAGAGGUUUCAGUUAUACAAAAUUUAAUAACUUAUCCUUCUGAUUUCAUGGACACAAAAAUAUUAGUAACUUACAUUCUUUGAUAAGGCCAAGAUGAACAAAAAAAUAAAACUGAUGUUUAUCUUAUGUGUGAGAUAAACAGGCUCGUUAUAUCAUAGAAAUAAUAGACAUAGAAUGCACGCUGCAUGAUGACGAAUCAUGUCUCCAUUUUUCGCCGUGCGUGCCCUAUUGAAUGCGCCAUUUUGUAAACGUAACUUUCAUCAACCGAUUAACAAUUUACAAAAUACAAACCAAACUUGUUCAAACAAAACUCGAAAGCCUCGCUCCUCGUGCAAGUUCCGGAACCGCGCGAUAUUCUUCAUCGCAGGAGUCUGGACCGAGUAAAAAUGCCCUUUUCAAUGCGCCAUUUUGUGGAGACAAAGCUUUGACUGAAGCGAGAUAGGAGCACGCAUUCUAUGUCUAUUAUUUUUAUGGUAUAUAUCCUCCAUAUUGAUUGUUAGUAUUUCAUUUUACUUUCAGCCUUGAGAUAAACGGUGGACCUCCAGUUCCACGUCGCUUGCCAGUUGGAGAACGUAAGUAUAGCAGAGCUUUUCGUCCAAGUAAAAUAAUGCACGAAAAAAAAAUUGGGGGUCACCAUGCUUCUUUUCCAACUAUACGAGGCGAUAGGCCAUUUUGGAGUGAAUUUCGUACACGUAUGUCGUCAUAACAACGAUUUAUCUGUUACUAAAACUAAUAUAAUUUGAAAGUAGAGCCAUCAAAAUAUAUAAAAACCCCAAUAUCUGCUGAAUAAAUUCUAAAAAUGCGUUGUUUGAACAUGUCAAAGUGUUGAACACCUGAAUUUUUGAAAAUUGUAUCGAGCCACCAUAAGCCUGUUGUCAGAAACAAAAAGGUAGUAUGAGUUAGUCGACCUACAGUAGUUGCUGCAUGUAUAAAUGUUGGUAUUUUAAAGUUAAUGUCACAAAAGAACACUCAAUAACCUAAUCCUUUCAGGUCUACGUCGUCCUAUGACAACACAAAGUUUACCAAUGUGUCGUCGUGAGAUAGUUCGUCGUGAGAAGAAACUCGGUGUAAGAUCAUGUGCUUCUGCUCCUGUCAUUGCCUCGUCGUUUAGAACUACAAACACAAGACCAAAAUCACAACAUUUUAGAGAAGGCUCAUCGGAGAAGACAAAAAUAUUACGCCUGAGGCCAUCAGUUGAAAACAAGAUGAAAUCCAGCUUAGCAAGUGCCAGAUGA